AUGAACCCAUUACGCUACUUGGCGCCUCCGCGCCCAUUCACAGACAUUUCCACCUCCACAACCAAAGAAAUCAAGGAAAGGAUCUGCUAUGUGGACGCCAUGAAAGCGAACCCUCACUUCAAGAUUUUCGAAGAUAGAGAUGAAGCUCUCUUUGACUACCUGGAAUCCUGCCACACGUUGACCAAUGGCUCUCCCACCAACGAAGAGCGCCAGGCCGCUCAAGCAUGCAUCAGGGAAUAUGAAAAAUCGCUCGAGAACAACGCGCCAGCCAGGCUGUCCUUUGAUCUCGCGACCAAAGUCAAACUAGGCGAGGAGCUCGACAAUCUGUGGAAUAUGUGGUUGUUCAACAGAUAUGAAAAGUACCUUCCUGAGGACAUAGUCAACGCGGCUAAGAGUCAUCCUUCUUCUCAAGUGUCUGAUCCCUGGCACAAGGCAUUCUGGACACCUUUCAACGGACGUCUUGAAGCGGAAAAAGCCUCCUUCGACAAGGUUUUGGUGGGCCAAAACUAUCACAACGAGUGCCCGACUUUCCUCUUGCUGGCGCUCCUGUGUGAACGCCACUCGCUUGAUUGGGAUGAGACCCUUCAGUUGAUCAAGGCUUGCGCUAGCGAAGGUGACAAGGUCGACCUCCCCGCGGUGGAUCUCGUCGACUUUCUCAAGAAGCGCGAUGUGGCUGGUCUAGCGACUAGAUUGGACCGUGAUGAGGCGAGUAUCUCGCUUUCCACGGAGUAUGUUAUGGGAGUUGGAUCGUUGGUCUUGGCUUUCUUCGCCACUCAUCUUCCGGAAAAAUUCUUCAACAGAGAUGAGGAGGCUGACCCGGCGAAUUGGACGCCAAGGGAGCCCUUGCAGAUCCUUUUCGAUCUCAACGAGGAACAUCUCGAGAAGACUUUUCGGUUCAUGCUACAGGAGAUGUUCCACAAGAUGGCCGAUGGCGACUCGGAUGAUGAUGAUGACGAUGAUGAUGUUUACGAUGAUUGGGACAAUGAUGAUGACUCUAACGAUGACAUUGCUAUGAGUGAUGCGUCCGAAGACUAUUAG